UUUUAUCCUACGAGAAAAGGUCUUUCGAAUCCUGCUGUCGCCUAUCGUGCUUUCGUUGGCGUACCGCAAAGGCAGCUUUGGCGGGUUCUUUCGAUGUUAAAGUCGGCAUCGGCACCGGCGGCAUAGCAGAAUCGACGGUCGAUUUCAGCAGGAAGCGCGGUCAGUUUAACCGAUAUUUUCCGCGAUCUGUAUCGGCGCCAGUGAUAUACGAGUUUAAACCAGGCUUUAAGAUCGACUAGCCAAAUUCUCAGUUUAAUUGCCAAGAGAUUUUAAAGGAUUGGCCGUAAAUAUUUGUGACGCAAUCGACCCUGAGAGAAUGGUGUAAGCGGCACUGAAAAAUUUCGGGGAAAUCAUAAAUCCGAAAAUGGCCUUAAAGAUGAAGUCGCUGUUGCUGGUGGCACUGGCAAGUAUAACAGUUUUCGCUGAGUACAUCAGAUCACCAGUGAAGAGGAGCUACGCCUGCCCCCCAAAAUUCAUUAGGUUAAGUCACAGAUGUUAUUUUUUCAGCAAGGAAAAAACCACGUGGCAAGAAGCCUAUUUUCAGUGUCAGUCUAUGCACAGUAACUUGGCAAUAAUAAAGAACAUCAAUCAGGAAAAGCUUAUCAGAAAAACAUUGAGUAGAAGUAGUUUAGAACCGUUAGAAAGAUGGAUUGGUGGACGAUUUGAUUGGCAGCAAAAAAGGUGGAAAUGGGCAGCUUCUGGAAAAACAGUUUUGUAUGAUGGUUUUGAUUCAUCUGUUAAUCAAACUGAAGAGAAUUUACAAUGGAACUGCAUUGUAAUCGAUCCAAAACUAGAUUAUAAGUGGAAUUCUAAAAGUUGCCUGCAAGAGAAACAUUUUAUUUGCCAUAAAAAGAUUCAAACCAUCACCAAUAACAGAUCCCGAAAGAAGUUAUUGCAACAGUACAAUAUGAACCCUCUGAACGAAGUACCCAUUCCAGACAUUUCCAAUGACAUUUUGUCAAAUUCUUCUCACUACAAAGGCCUACAGAAAAUUUUGCCUGCCAGAUCUGUCGGUAACCUGUUCCAAAUAGAGGUCAAUUCUGAGUUCAAAUCAGAAAUUCCGAAGAAAAGGAAACGAAACGGAAGAAAAAAGAAGAAGAACCAACAACCUGUACCGCUUCUGAAGCAGUUCCCCAACGGUACGGUUUACGAAAACACAGGACAGCAGAAUUUCAGACGAAGAAGGAACAAAGUAAGAGACGAAGAGGUUCCUGCAUUUCCAAUGAAAAUCUACUACAAAAGCUAUAAGGAGAGCAGUAAAAGCACAGACCCACUACGUCCAAAACCAAUUGUGGAGGAAUAUAACUUUGCCAAAGAAAUUUAAUUUAAA